AUGUCUGAAAGUCAGGGGACAAACAGUGGAAGCCACAACAGCAAGAUUGGUUCCAACAGUGGUAGCUCUGCUGUGUGCUUUGGACAGAACCAGUAUACAGCAGAUGAAUACCAGGCCAUUCAGAAUGCCCUGCGUCAGAGGCUGGGUCCGGAGUACAUCAGCAGCCGGCAGGCUGGUGGAGGACAGAAGGUUUGUUAUAUUGAGGGUCACAGGGUCAUCAGUCUGGCCAAUGAAAUGUUUGGCUAUAAUGGCUGGGCUCAUUCGGUCACUCAGCAGAAUGUUGAUUUUGUUGAUCUCAACAAUGGCAAAUUCUAUGUGGGAGUUUGUGCAUUUGUGAAAGUCCAGCUCAAGGAUGGGUCGUACCAUGAAGAUGUGGGUUACGGAGUGAGUGAGGGCCUGAAAUCUAAGGCGUUGUCCCUAGAAAAGGCAAGGAAAGAAGCAGUGACGGAUGGACUGAAGAGGGCACUCAAGUGCUUUGGAAAUGCUCUGGGGAACUGCAUCCUGGACAAAGACUACCUGCGCUCAGUGAAUAAACUUCCUCGUCAGCUGCCUCCUGAGUUGGAUUUGGCCAAAGCAAAAAGGCAAGACUUUGAGCCUGCAAUAGAGAAGGCUAGAUACAGUAGCUGUCUGCAGAAGCAGAGUGCAGGGCAACCCCAGCACUGUGAGAGCCUGUCCCCACGCAAACCUGAACAGGAGGCAGCUUCCUUAAGCACAGCUGAGCAGGAGCAGCAAAACAGCUCCAGACAUAACAUCACCUUAGUCUGUGGGAGUGAUGCUACUUACCAGCGGAAGUUACGACAGAAGCAGCUUCAGCAGCAGUUCCGGGAGCAAAUGGAGAAAAAACAGCUGGCAGUAGCCAAUCCAGUCAGCAAACAGGCAGCAUCUCAUCCCUCACUGGUGAAACACAGCACUCCAGCAGCAGCACAACAGGAGCCAACCGCAGAAGAGGAGUUCUUUGCAGAUGACCCUGAGCUUUGGGACAUUCCCCUAGAGACCACUGCUCUCAGUGAUACCGAGAGCCACAAAAAAGGAGCUGUAGCAGCCCAGGCUCCUGCAACGCCUCUUGGACACUAUCACAUGAUGACUCGCAGCAGGACCCCUCAAACAAUGAACCCUAAGAAACCACAUGAGAGAGCUGCACAAUGGCAGGUGUCCCCUCGGCACAGGCCUUCCAGCCCCUCUUCCAGCCACGGUGCACCAGCAGAGUGCAGCCCAUACAGGAAGAGCCAAGGCAUGAAGAAAAGGAAACUGGAACCCUCCUAACAGACAGGACAGCACCUGAAACGUUAGUUUCCUCGUGAUUAUUUGAGCACUACAACCAUAUUUUCAGAAGCACAUCUCAAGAACCUGUUUAAACACAAGAAAAUCUAGU